CGCAAGCUCUCCCGGGCUUAGUGGGAAUUCGUUCAAUUCAACGUGCGUGCUGCAUAAAGAUUACACUAAUAAAAUUAAAAGAAAUGAUGCUCUUGACGAGAUCAGCAAAAAAUGUAAUAUGGACAUGGCAGCUGUAAAAUUGAAAAUAAAGAGUUUGCGUUCAUACUUCUCUAAAGAACGCCAAAAAGUUUUAAAAAAGAAAUCCGGUUCAGGAACGGAUGAAAACUAUACUUCCUCGUGGUUCGCAUAUAAAUCGCUACUUUUUAUUUCGGACGCUACAACGCCAAGGGAGACUAAGGAAAGUGAGAAAGAUGAUAACCCUGCAAGCCUAAAUAACAACGAAGAAGUAAGUUUUCUUUCUUAGUGCAUUUUAUAUAGUAUACUCAGCAUCAGACUAGCUUGCAGUAGUUUAGUCUAUUAGUUUAUUUGCAUCAUAAGUUCUUAUAAUCUAAUAUUGUAUAAUUAAUUAAAAUAUUU